GAGCUGGGAGAGCUCUGGGACUGGGACUGGAAGUCUGCCUGUAGUGUUAAAAACUACUGCUGUAGCGGUAUCACUUCUGCAACUUACCUGUGCAGUUUCAACACCAUCGUUGUCGUUGUAUGUUGCGGUCGUCAAAAUAAAAUAGUCGCAUGUCGCAUGUGAUAUUACCCAACAAAUCGAUCAAAUGAUUAUUUUAUUAUUAUUUGGCUCUAUGUCGUGUCGAUGAUCAGUUCGUUCGUUGCUGUUUUUAUUUGCAAAAAAAAAUUCAUUGAAGUGUGCGGUCUUAUGAGCUUAUAGCAAUCCAAAAAAUAGCUUCAACUCCCCAAAACGAAAAUUUAUAUUUAUUUUUAUUAUAAAAGGUGAUUCGGUAAGAGGCAUGCGAACAUCGAGAGACUCUCAAAAAGACAGGUAGCCCUAGCCACCACCUGAAUGUUUAAAGAUUGCGUUUUUUUUUGCCGUCGUUAUAAACAUAAAAUAUAUCCAUUCGGUUGUCUCUCUUGUCGACGACGGUCGUUGAUUCUGACUCUCUCUCUUUUAAAAUUCUAGAUAAUACCAUUUUUUUGAACUACGAAAUAAAAAUAAACGAUCAGAGCCGGUUUCUGUUUUUAAAAAGACUAAUAACAACAACAACAAUAUUGAAAGAAAUAAAACAUCCAAAAAGGAGGGAGGAAUCAAACAAAAUAAUAAUAAUUACUUGUCUUUUUUUGAUAUACAAAAAAAAUGUGUCGAUGUUGUCAGAGCUGUUAUGAAGAUAUUUACUGGAAUUGCUUCGAAGAGAAAUUUUGCUAUGACGAAUCGAUAGCGAAUUAUAAUCCAGAUGAAGAUGAAGAAUAUAUUGUGGAAAAAAAUGGUGCACUCGGGCGAAUACAUACCAUCGACAAUAAUAACUUACCCGUUUGUAACCAGCCACUUGGAAGGGGUAACUCUAUGCUUAGUGCAAAAAUACACGAAGAAGACUACCGACGCGAAACACAAAUGAAUGUACCAAUGUUAGGUCCAGAAAUUCUAGCCGUUUUUGCUAAUUCACAAAUCUUCCAAGAUCACCAGCCCACAAAACUAACACGAAUAGGUACACGAUCGUAUUUACCCGGCGUGCAUGCAACUGCAAAAGAUCUCACAUCACCGCGAGAUGUCGAUCAAGAUAAAUUGAUCAAAAGACUGGAAGACAAUCUCGAUGAAGCUGUCAAGAUUAUCAACGGCCCGCCAGUUGUCGCUGCUGAACCAACAACAACAGCCGAAAAACGUAUUACAUUUACCAUCACAUCGGAUUCCUCACCCGAAGAUGCUCUAUCACUAAAAUCAAAGGCAUCCGAUGGUGGUAUCACAGAAGAAACAAAUUCAACUUCAUCAACUUAUUCACCCAAAUCUACCACCGACAAAUUAGAUUCAGUGAUUGAUGAAGAUGAAAAAGAUGAAGUUAUUCUCCGUCCACGAGCCAUAGAUCGACAUCAGCAUUUGAAAUUGAACAUUUCACCACCGAAAAGACCUUUGCGCAGUGCCAAAAGUGUUCCACACUUUAAUGUCCGGACAGCAGCCAGUGAAACAGAUAUAUUUGCUAUAUCUGGUUCGAUUAGUCGCAUUAGUAUGACACCGGAAGUUCCGUCCAUAUCGUUUAGUAAUUUGCCAAAGAAUUACGAAGAUACACCGACAAUUGAAAAAUAUAAGGUUUCACAGAGUUUGUAUUCGAUUCAGACGGCCAAUCAGGCAAAGGCCGGUCAAGAUGAUUACUCAAUGCCAAGGUAUUUUAGAUGUUCGGCUCUGUUGACUCAGAGUUCGGAUAAUUUUCCAUCUUCUUCGGCUAAUUCAUCGACUGAUGAUAUAACACCGAGAAAAUUGGAAAAGGAAAAGAGUAAACGAUUGAAGGCAUUGCGGGAGGCACUUCCCCCUCUGUCAAUACCAUCUCUUCGCAAACGAGAUGAGACUAAACAGUUGGAUUAAUUUUAAAUAAAAUAAUUUUAUGCAUCACUUUGCAGCUCUACAUGCUUCAAUGUAAUUUUAUAAAAAAAAAAAAAAAAGUAUUUCCUUAUUUUUUUCCUUAAAAAAUGGUAGCUACGGUUAUUUAAUGAUAUUGA